AUGUCAAAGUCUCAUAUCACUCUUGUGCCUGCCAAGAAUCAGAUAGUAGUGAAUCCUGUUAGUGGCAAGAAGGAGCGCAUCUUCAUCAACUUGGAGGCUGUCUACCCUACUCCAGAGGAGCCUGGCUCUGAGCUGGCUUUUGAGGAGAUUUGGGCAAUGAACAGAGGCUGGUUGGGCCGUAACUGGGAUGAAGAGCCUCUGGAUGAGAGCGCCAUUCCUGAAAUGAUGAGUGCCGAGACUUCAGCAGUUGAUAACCUAGGUCACAUGAUGCAGGAGAAGUUGGCAGUCCACACGGAGUCUGUGAUGAUGGACGAGAACGGCGCCAUCAUCAAGCCAAAGGGGAAGAGCAAGAAGAAGAAGGUGAUGGAGGUUAAUGAAACACAAAUUAUCAAGGCGAACCUGGACUCACCCUCCAGGCCGAAGCUCAAGAAGAGGAACACCUCUGAACCAACAAUGACCAUCCAUACCAGGGCUGCGACAGACGAGAUUUACGAGAUCUUCAACCAGCCCAUUCAGUCUGCGCCCCAGGAAGAAGAGGAGGAAGAGGAAAACGAGAGCGAUGACGACUACGAAACAGACGGCGAUUACACCGAAGCAGAAAGCACCAUUACCACCCGCCAAGUCGAUAUGGACGACGACGGAGAGGAAGAUGACGACGCUUCGGAUGCGAAGAGUAUCAGUGAAUGGUCUGACUUCUCGACGCGGAAGCAUGUGCCAGGCCUUAAUGGCGACAUCACAGAGGCUGGCGGAGACAACACGCAAGUCUCCGAUCUCAUGGACCCCAACUAUGUCGAGCCGUCUGAAGCCUUGGCCGAUGAUCACACGAGUUCUCGUGAGGCAGGAGAGUCGGACGCUGAGGAAGAAGAGGAAGACGAUGAAGACUAUCCGCCCAGGACGAAGACUAUGUUCGUCCCGAUACCGCCCGAGGAUUACGAGCCAAGGACACGACCGUUUAGAGAUGCGGCGGAGGUGGCUAACAAUCGACUUCCCUUCAUGACCCCCAUUACUGAGAGAACAGAGUCUUCGCUGGCGUUCACCGAGCGCAAAGCAAGAUAUGAGACUCCUAGUCGAGACGAUGCCGCCUCGACCAUCGACGAAGAGGAGGACGAUGACAUGCAAGACCCUCCCAGCAGUCCCUUGCAAGAAGUGAGCACUUUCAGCCCCGUCAAGAUCCCACAGCCUCUUCUUGGAAAGCCAAAGACCUCCGCGAAACCGGUGCCUCAGAAGGGCCCCAUCAUCAAGGAGCUCCAAUGCAACCCCGUCGACGACGCAGUCAGAAACGAGAUUCUUGAGAACAUGCAGCCUCCUCUGAGCUCAUACCCUGGGUUUUAUGACCACCGCAAUGAGAAGUACGAGAAGGGCAACGACAUCCGCAAAUUUGCCAAGGCCAUGGCCAAGGCAGCCAGGGGAGAGCGUAUGAGCAAUGCCUGCGCCUUAGUCACUAUUGAUUUCCCAGACGUCUCAACCCAGUACACCAUUAGGAAGGAACUGGGUGCAGGCGCAUUCGCCCCUGUUUACCUCGUUGAAAACUCCUCUGCCGAAGAAGAAGACGAAGACGGCGUCGUCGCCAUGGGCAAGGGAGCAUUCGCCGUCAACCACCGCACCGCCUUGGAGGCGCUCAAGAUGGAACUUCCCCCGUCACCUUGGGAAUUCCACAUGAUGCGCCUCGCUCACACCCGCCUCGGUCCCCAGCACCGGGCAGCCGCCUCCCUCUCAUACGCCCACGAAUUCCAUCUUUACCAGGAUGAGGGGUUCCUAUUCCUUCCCUUCCACCCUCACGGCAGCCUCCUCGAUGUUGUGAACUUCUUCCGUGCGGAGCCAUCAGCCGUUAUGGACGAGCAGCUCGCCAUGUUCUUCACCAUCGAACUCUUCCGCACUGUUGAGGCGCUCCACGCUCGCGGCGUCCUCCACGGUGACCUCAAAGCCGACAACUGCCUGCUCCGCCUCGACGGCACCAGCACCAACAGCACACUCGACACCCAGUACCAUGCUGACGGCACUGGCGGUUGGGACGCUCGCGGUGUGACCCUCAUCGACUUCGGCCGCGGCAUCGACAUGCGCAACUUCGAGCCCGAUGUCGGCUUCAUUGCUGACUGGAAGACUAGCGCCCAGGACUGUGCAGAGAUGCGCGAGGGCCGGCCCUGGACGUGGCAGAUCGACUACCACGGCCUCGCUGGCAUUGUCCACUGCCUCCUCUUUGGAAAGUACAUUGAUGCCGUCCGCUACGAUCAAGGUGGCAUCGGCUCUGGGCGCAAGUACCGCGUGCGCGAGAGUCUCAAGAGGUACUGGCAGACGGAAAUUUGGGGCGAGUGUUUCGACGUCCUGUUGAACCCCGGGUCCUUCGUUGCCACGGAGGAGAACGCAAAGAUGCCGGUGUUGAAGAGCAUGCGUGGUGUCAGGGAGAAGAUGGAGGCCUGGCUCGAGGGUAACUGUGAGAGAGGUGUCGGGCUGAAGAGUCUUGUAGGCAAAGUUGAGGCCUUCGCCAAGGGGCGGCGAUGA